AUGGGUGCAUUUGGUUUAGUUUGUUCAGCAAAAGACCAACUUACUGGAGUUAAUGUCGCCAUUAAGAAAAUAAUGAAGCCUUUUAGCACAUCUGUUCUUUCAAAAAGGACUUAUCGUGAAUUAAAGCUACUCAAGCAUCUAAAACAUGAAAAUAUUAUCAGUUUAAGUGAUAUUUUUAUUUCUCCAUUAGAAGAUAUAUAUUUUGUUACUGAAUUAUUAGGAACAGAUUUACAUCGAUUGUUAACUUCACGACCAUUGGAAAAACAAUUUAUUCAGUAUUUCUUAUAUCAAAUAUUGCGUGGGUUAAAAUAUGUUCAUUCAGCUGGUGUAGUUCACAGAGAUUUGAAACCUAGUAAUAUUCUAAUUAACGAGAAUUGUGACUUGAAGAUCUGUGAUUUUGGUCUGGCUCGUAUUCAAGAUCCACAAAUGACUGGUUAUGUUUCAACAAGGUAUUAUCGAGCUCCUGAAAUUAUGUUAACAUGGCAAAAAUAUGAUGUAGCAGUGGAUAUUUGGAGUGCUGGUUGUAUCUUUGCAGAAAUGUUAGAGGGAAAACCUUUAUUUCCUGGGAAAGAUCAUGUAAACCAAUUUUCAAUUAUUACUGAAUUACUUGGUACACCACCAGAAGAUGUGAUCAAAACAAUCUGUAGUGAAAAUACUUUAAGAUUUGUACUCUCAUUACCGAAAAGAGAAAAGAUUCCAUUCUCACAAAAGUUUACAAAUGCUGAUCCUGAUGCACUCGAUUUACUUGAAAAAAUGCUUGUAUUUGAUCCAAAAAAACGUAUUACUGCCGAACAAGCUCUAGCUCAUAAAUACUUGGAACAGUAUCAUGAUGAAUCAGAUGAGCCAAUUGCUGAUGAAGCAUUUGAUUGGUCGUUUAAUGAUGCAGACCUUCCAGUUGAUGAAUGGAAA